ACUCGGCGCCGUCGUUGCUCGGCGCUUUACACAGUAUGGCCGGCGAUAUUAGCUAGCACUCGCUAUCUGUAUUCUCUGCAAAAGGGAAGACGGCAACUCAAGAAAAUUAACACCCGGAUUACUUAAAGGACUGUACCUCAAGAAAUUACACCCGACCGAGGAGGGAUUAAGUAAACUGAAAACGUUACAGUCGACGUUUUGUAUUUUUGCUGGGUCUCUGUUGUCUCCUGAUGGAAGAUAACGGUGCACAUUUCUUCGAGGGGACUGAGAAGCUGCUGGAGGUGUGGUUCUCCCCGCCGGAUGGAACCAAAGGAACCGGAGACCUCCGAACCAUCCCGAGGUUUGAGUGGGACAAACUUCUGGAGAAUGUGCACUGUUUGAUCAUAAGUGUGACAAAGACUGACAAGCAGGAAGCUUAUAUACUCAGUGAGAGUAGCAUGUUUGUCUCCGAGAGACGUUUCAUUUUGAAGACAUGUGGAACCACCCUCUUACUGCAAGCACUGGUGCCUCUGCUGGAACUUGCCAGGGAGUACUGCGGCUUUGAGGCCAUUGAGAAUUUCUUUUACUCCCGUAAGAACUUUAUGAAACCAACACAUCAGGAGUUCCCUCAUCGAAACUUCCAAGAGGAAGUGGACUUUCUCGGUCAGAUUUUCCCAAAUGGUGCAGCCUACUGUAUGGGACGUUUGAACUCUGACUGCUGGUAUCUGUUUACCCUGGACUUGCCCGAGUACUGGGAGAACAAGCAUGCGGAUCAGACACUGGAAGUUCUGAUGAGCGACCUCGAUCCAGCCAUUAUGGACCAGUUCUAUAUGAAAGAUGGUGUUUCUGCCAAUGAUGUCACUCAUAUGAGUGGAAUUCGUGACCUGAUACCAGGUUCUGUGAUUGACGCCACCAUGUUCAACCCUUGUGGCUACUCGAUGAAUGGAAUGAAGACUGACGUGAGUGACUGUCUGUUAGCGACGUCGGUGGACGACACUGGAAAGAACCUUAGUAACGAGACUCUGUUGGCUCUCCAGGGGACCUACUGGACCAUCCACAUCACCCCGGAACCAGAGUUCUCUUACGUCAGCUUUGAGACCAAUCUUUCCCAGACAUCGUACGACGAUUUGGUCAGGAAGGUUGUGGAUGUGUUCAAGCCGGGAAAGUUUGUGACGACGCUCUUUGUCAAUCAGCGCUCCAAAUGUCGCAGCGUCUUUUCUUCUGUGCAGAAACUCGAAGGCUACAAACGUCUAGAUCGCCAGCUGGCUCAGUUCAACGAUUACAACUUUGUCUUCACUAGCUACGCGGUGAAUCGCCAGCAGAGCCAGAAGAGCUGAGGGUUCAGGAUGAAGAGGCGUAAGAAGGAGGGCAGCCCCUCGCCGUCCUCCCCCCUCCUCUUCUGUGGCGCCGAAGCUGCGGCGACUUCUCGUUUGAAUAGUUUGCGUUGUUGUAUCUGUGACAUAGAUCUCUUGCAUGAAAGCGCUUUCCUCCGUUUCGAUAUUCUAGCUCACUCUUGGUGUGAUCUUGAAGUGCAUGUAGAUGAAUUAAACGCGCUCUCUUUGAGGUGGUUCACCCGUGCGCGGUGCAAAGGUCCUUUCCUGCAGGUCUCCCCCC